AUGUCCAUAACCCUCCUCCUAUUCCUUCUUUUUACCUCUCGCCUCACCUCACCGGUUAUCGGUGAAACCCAACGGGCGGUGCCGCUAGCCGGCAAAGCUCUCGACAGCACUGGCGAAGUCCUCAAGACAUACAUAAUUCAUGUACACCCGAACCUCGACUCCACUUCAUCAGACGAUCCCGAUGAACUUGAGAAGUGGCACAAGUCCUUCUUGCCCUCCAACCUUCGGGGCUCAGGUGAGUCACGGUUGGUCUACUCCUACAGCAAUGUCAUCAAUGGCUUCGCCGCGAGACUGACCGACGGAGAGCUGGCCGACAUGAAGAAGAAGGUCGGCUUCCUUCAUGCACACCCGGACCAGCUGAUUCCUCUUCAAACCACACAUACACCGGACUUUCUUGGCCUGCGACGCGCCUCCCGGGGCUUCUGGAGUGAUGCAAAAUUUGGCAAAGGCGUGAUCGUCGGCGUUCUCGACACCGGAAUCUUACCCACCCACCCUUCUUUUGAUGACAAUGAGAUGCCACCUCCACCGGCAAGGUGGAAGGGGUUUUGUGAGUUCAAUGCAACCGAGUGCAACAAGAAGCUCAUUGGUGCAAGAACGUUCACCAGAGGAAUGAAUGCUAUGAAGGGAGUGGAGUACGCCGAUGCAGGGCUACGAGCACCGUAUGAUGGAAACGGACAUGGGACGCACACCGCCAGCACCGCCACCGGGACGUGCGUCGAGAAUGCCAACGUCGCCGGCCAGGCCGCUGGCACUGCCGCCGGGAUGGCUCCCUCUGCUCAUCUGGCGGUCUACAAAGUGUGCGGCGCAGCUGGAUGCCCUUCUUCCGACAUACUUGCCGGGUUGGACAGCGCCAUCAAGGAUGGAGUCGAUAUUGUCUCCCUCUCCCUCGGGGGAUCCUCCGUUCCUUUCUAUAACGACGCCGUCGCCAUCGGCACGUUCAGCGCCAUGGAGAAGGGCAUCUUUCCGAGCUGCGCGGCGGGAAAUUCCGGGCCGACCUACGGCUCCCUAUCGAACGAAGCGCCAUGGAUUCUGACGGUCGGUGCGAGCACCAUGGAUCGGGCCGUUCGGACCACGGUCGAGCUCGGCAAUGGAGCCACCUUCGAUGGAGAAUCUCUCUACCAGCCUAGUGACUUCCUCUCCACUCUUGUUCCUCUAGCGAAGACUAAACUCCGAAAGCUUGGCGAGUUUCGGACCGCAUCGCUACCUUUGGUGUUCCCCGGCUCUCAGGGAGGAACCGAAGCUGCUCUCUGUCUCCCUGGCUCGCUGAACAACAUCGACGUCGAAGGUAAGGUGGUGGUAUGUGAUGACGGCCAGAUCAGCAGGGUGGACAAGGGCGUGACCGUCAAGCAGGCCGGAGGCGCGGCCAUGAUCAUUGCCAGCACCAGAGCCGAAGGAUUCACCAUCCUGGAUGAUAUCCAUGUCCUUCGGGCGUCCCAUAUCAGCUACGCCGAUGGGCUCAAGAUCAAAUCCUACAUCAAUUCGGCUUCCAAUCCCAUGGCGUCGAUCACGUUCAAGGGCACGGUGAUCGGAACUUCUCCAGCUCCGGCGGUCGCAUACUUCUCCUCCAGAGGACCUAAUGUGGCUGACAGAAACAUCCUGAAGCCGGACAUCGUCGGCCCCGGCGUGAACGUGUUAGCCGCAUGGCCCGUCGAAGUCGGACCGCCGGGCGCAGCAUCCAUGUUUAACAUAAUAUCCGGCACGUCCAUGGCCACACCCCACCUUAGCGGGAUUGCGGCACUGCUAAAAGCCUCACACCCUGACUGGUCCCCGGCGGCGAUCAAGUCGGCGAUCAUGACGACCGCCGACUUAACCGCCAACGAUGGCCGUAUGAUUCCUGACCAGAACUUAGACCAGGCCAACUUCUUCGCGGUCGGAGCCGGCCAUGUGCAUCCGUCGAGAGCCGACAAACCGGGCCUCAUCUACGAUAUCAAAUCCGACGACUACAUCGCAUACCUCUGCGGUUUGAAGUACACCGACCAGCAGGUCAGCGCGGUUGUACGACGCUUGGUCCACUGUUCGAGCAUUAAGAGCAUCUCCGGCUCAGAGCUGAACUAUCCUUCGUUCAUGGUGAUCCUGAACGCGAGAAACGGCUACAAAUUGAAGGUGGCGAGAACGGUGAAGAACGUUGGAGCGGCAAGAUCGGUGUACAAGGCGAAGAUAACGUCUCCGAGAGGGGUGUCGGUGGCCGUAAAGCCAACGCAGCUGUCCUUUUCCAAAGUCAACGAGGAGGCGCGGUUCACCGUGACCUUCUCCAGUGAUGGCAGAAGCAAGGGAUACAUGGAGGGGUUUUUGACGUGGGUCUCAUCCGAUGGAAGUACAAGCGUCAAUAGCCCGGUAAUGGUGGCCGUCCAGUGA